UGUUAUUGAACCCUCCCUCAGUAUAUAAGUUUGUGCUUGUUUUUCUUUCAUAAGGAGGUUACUUCUAUAAGUAAUAAUUUUUUAUAAUAAUGAAUUCAUAGAUCUGAUAAUAAUUUCUUGGUGGGUACAUGAAUUCAGCUGGGAAGUUGCCAAAGAACAAUGGGAUAUCUUGGAGAGGGAACUCAGGAUUACAAGAUGGAUCAGAUGCAACGGAUGUUAAAGGAGGGCUUGUUGGAGGGUAUUAUGAUGCUGGAGACAAUACAAAGUUUCACUUUCCUAUGUCAUUUGCUAUGACUAUGCUCAGUUGGAGUGUUAUUGAAUAUGAGCACAAGUUUCGUGCUAUCGGGGAAUAUGAUCAUAUGAAAGACCUAAUCAAAUGGGGCACUGAUUAUUUACUCCUUACUUUCAACUCUUCUGCUACUAAAAUAGACAAAAUUUACAGCCAGGUUGGUGGAUCACAAAAUGGUUCAAAAACACCAGAUGAUCAUUACUGUUGGCAAAGGCCAGAAGACAUGGACUACACCAGGAAAACUCAAACAGCAAAUUCAGGGCCGGACCUUGCCGGAGAAAUGGCAGCAGCAUUGGCAUCAGCAUCCAUAGUUUUCCGGGAUAAUACUGCGUACUCCAAGAAACUUGUCAAGGGUGCAGAAACAUUGUUCAAAUUUGCCAGAGACUUCGGCAAAAGAACAUCAUAUUGCCGUGGAAAUCCCUUUAUAGAACCCUUCUAUAAUUCCAGUGGUUACUUUGAUGAGUACAUGUGGGGUGCAGCUUGGUUAUAUUAUGCCACUGGAAACAAUACUUACUUUUCACUGGCAACAAAUCCCGGUUUAUCUAAGAAUUCGAAAGCAUUUUAUAUGAUACCAGAUUUGAGUGUCUUAAGUUGGGACAACAAGUUGCCUGCUGCCAUGUUGUUGUUGACAAGGAUAAGAAUGUUUUUGAGCCCUGGAUACCCGUACGAGGAUAUGUUGAAGAGUUAUCACAAUGUGACUGGACUUACUAUGUGUUCUUACCUUCAAACAUUCAAUGUUUUCAACUGGACUCGAGGUGGGUUGAUUCAACUCAAUCAUGGACAAGGACAACCUUUACAGUAUGUGGCAAAUGCAGCCUUCUUGACAUCUCUCUAUGUUGAUUAUAUGAAUGCUACUGGAGUUCCAGGGAUGACUUGUGGUCCGAGAUUUAUCACUCUCAAUGAUCUUAGAAAAUUUGCCAUUUCUCAGAUCAAUUACAUACUUGGAGCUAACCCGAUGAGUAUGAGCUAUGUAGUCGGACAUGGAUCCAAAUAUCCAAAGCAUGUUCAUCACCGUGGAGCAUCAAUACCUAAAAAUAACGUGAAAUAUUCCUGCACGGGUGGAUGGAGGUGGCGCGAUGCUAAAAAUCCCAAUCCUAACAUCAUUACUGGUGCCAUGGUUGGAGGUCCCGAUAAGUUCGAUAAAUUUAAGGAUGUAAGAACAAACUAUAGCUAUACUGAGCCUACAUUGGCUGGAAAUGCAGGGUUGGUUGCUGCACUAGUGUCUCUAACAAGUAGUGGUGGUCAUGGAAUAGAUAAGAAUACAAUUUUCUCGGCCGUGCCGCCGAUGUAUCCCGUCAGCCCACCGCCACCCCCACCGUGGAAGCCUUAGAGAUGAGCUCUAGAGUUCCUCCCCAGAUAAAGCUUGUCAAUUGCAUGACUUUCUUUGUAAUCACCUGGGGAAACCUUUGUGUUUACACUUGAUGCAUACUUUAUAUACCUUUAUGGUGCAAAACUUUAACUUUUGUUAAUAAAUAAAUUAGUGAAAUAUUGAUAUUAU